AUGGUAGCUACAAAGAAGACGAAAAAGUCUCUGGAGUCAAUCAACUCUAGGCUCCAGCUUCUUAUGAAAAGUGGAAAGUAUGUGCUGAGGUACGAACAGACUCUGAAGAUAAUCAGACAAGGCAAAGCGAGGUUGGUGAUUCUCGCCAACAACUGCCCAGCUUUGAGGAAAUCUGAAAUAGAUACUAUGCCAUGCUGGCCAAAAGUGGUCCAUCACUACAGUGGCGAUAAUAUUGAAUUGGGCACAGCUUGUGGGAAAUACUACAGAGUCUGCACACUGGAUAUCAUUGACCCAGAUGAUUUUGACAUUAUUAGAAGCAUGGCAGAAAAGACUGGUGAGCAAUAA